GAGAGAGAGAGAGAGAGACUUUCAUUAUAAAGACAAUCAUCUAGGUAAUUUAAUUUGUGUUGAAUUAUUACAGGAUUGGAAACACAUGAGAAGCAAUGGUGACCAUUAUGUUUUGGAUUGUGUAGAUUUUUUUUAUUGUUUUUUUAGUGGGGGGGGGGAUAACAGUAAAGAAUAUUUCAUUAUUUUUAUAACACCAGAAUGACUACGCAAAAAGUCAUUCUGCAAAAUGCAGAACUUCUUUUAUUGAAGGGAAACAAACACGAGGAAAAGACUAACUAGGAACCAUCAUUAUUUGUAAUUUAAUAACUAGAACAUAAACUCUAAGAAAAAAGUACUCAAUAAUCAAAACACAGUGACUCGACAAAAGCAAAAAGAGACCCAAGCAGAAAAGUAACCUGACUUGCAUUAAUGCUCCAGGAACUGAGGAGGAAAAAACAAGCAACGUAAAUAGAGCACUGAUCCAUCAGGGGGAAUAACAAACACCUGGGUAUGAUUAGACAUGAAAUGGAGGGAGAAGUUCUGCAUGACAGUCACGGCCCUCUAGUGGCCAAAGAUGGAAUUGUCCCUGUGAGCCAUGACAACACUUUAAAUGUAUAUGCAGUAAUAUACUGUGAGUGUUUGCGUUGCAUUACAGUAAUUAUUAUUAUUCACUGUUAAAGUGACUAGCUGCCAACAGUGUUGCCAGUAUUUUAAUGUAUAAAAGCCUGGUAGGGUCAAACAGUAUAUACCUGUGACUUUGAUGAAGAUCAGAUGACAUUUUAUGACAAAUUAAUGCAGGAAACCAACUAAUUCCAAAGGUUUCACAUACUUUUUCUUGCCACUGUAUAGUGUGUACAGUACAGAAUAUAUUAUGCAGAGGCCUCAUGAACCAGAAAUAAUAACGUGUGUGUGUGUGUGUGUGUGUGUGUGUGUGUGUGUGUGUGUGUGUGAGUGUGUGUGUGUGUGUGUUAGGGCCUGGUAAUAUUGCUUAAAUAUUAUAUUUAGUACUUUUCAUUUACAAGCACUAAUACAAUUGUGUGGAAAAAAUAGAGUAUGCUAAAAUUGUAGGAUAUAUACAGUACUUUUGUUACAUGUAGAACAUUUCUCUCAUAUUUACUACAGCUUCACUGUUCCUGUGGGUGGGGGUGUGGGGAGGAGGUGGGGUGGAUUUGGGGGUGCCAACACUGAUCUUGCAUACCCCUCAGCGAAUGUGCAGUUGCGCCCCUGGGAACAUGUUUAACUCAUAGUACUCAGAAGUGCUUCAUGUUGAGAUUUUUUGUCAUUUUUGUCUUCACAGAGUGAAGCGCUAAACAAAGCGGUCACCACCAGCACAGAAACGCUCCAGAGAGCUAGAUCUGAUAUCACAGAAGUCAAGCGCAAACUUCAGAGUCUGGAAAUCGAGAUUCAGUCACAGCUUAGCAUGAAAGCGUCUCUCGAACGCACUCUGGCUGAGACACAGAACCGCUACGCACAAAUGCUCACUGGAUAUCAGGUUCAGGUGACGAGUCUGGAGGAGCAGCUGCAGCAGCUUCACGCUGAUCUCGUUCACCAAGCUGUGGAGUUUCAGAUGCUGCUGGACAUCAAGACCAGACUGGAGCUGGAGAUUACUGAGUACAGGAGACUGCUGGAUGGAGAAGCGACCACAAGCACCACGAGCACCUCUACCUCCACUACUCAGAAGGUUGUGAUCGUCACAGAGGAAGUGGUGGAUGGUAAAGUGGUCAGCUCCUCCUGGACUCCUGAGAGCAAAACUUUCACCAAUUAAACAUCAUGAGUCUCCAUGCACUGAUGAGAUGACUUCAAGCCCUGUGACAUGUUUCCUCAAUGCUUACAGAGAAAAUAACUUCGAGUCAAAGCACUUCACAUGUCUGGUGUUGAUUUUGAAUUCCUUAAAAUAGUUCCAUCAAUACUUAGCUUAAAAAUUGACAGAAAAAUUUAACAAUAUGUAUAUUUAUUUUUUUUAUAUCAUGUGUGAGGGCUUAGUUUAGAAUUGGGUGUACUGGAAAACAAAAAUAUAUAGAGUCUGAAACUUACAUCAUAAUCUAUAAUUAGAUUGUUUCCAGGCAGACUUGCCAUAAUGAAUUUAUUCAUCAUUAUUAAAGCAUUAGUUAAAUAUUAUAUAUAUAUAUAACUGUAAAAUUCCUCAUGGAACCAUUCCUAUUAUGUAAUGGAAACAAUUAGAGUUUCUGAAUGCCAUGUAUUUUUAUUUUAGCAGAAAAUUUAAUUUCAAUUUUGGAAACCUAAACAGUCUGUUUAAUUCUUUGACACAAAUUUCAUUUCUGAUCUCAACACAUUUAUUUUCUAACUCUGGAUGUUUUAAUCACUCACUCACUGUAGAUAGCUUUAUCAUUGUUUACAUCAUACUAGCACUCAUGUUAGCACUGAGUAAGAGUCACACUCUAGCCCAAAGAUAAUUAUCCUAGAUAAAUAAACGGAGUAUGCAAAUAUCUCAGCUAGAAAAUGAAUCAUAUAUAAACAAAUGAACCUCAUAGUAAAUUAGACUAAAUGGUAGCCUCAAGCUUAGUGUUUAGCUAGCUGAUUUACAUAUAUAUGAUUGUCGUCCUAAUCUAGUUAACACUGACUUAGAAGACUCUAUAAAUAAUGCUAAAUACAGAUAUAGAAGAGAUCCAUCUGUCAGACUACAGAGUGAAAACAGAACAGCUAUUAAACAUAAACGCUAAGGUCUGUGUCAUGCUACCAUCCAAACAGGUAAAUCUUAGUCUUGUUAACAGGCUAAAUUCUUGAUAAAUAAACUGACUCUAUAUUCAGGAAUGGAUAAUACUUGGGUAUUAAGUUUUGUUAAGUUACAUAUAAAUGUUGUACAUUUAAAUGUGUUAACUAUGCUAGCUGCUAAAGUUUUAAUAUUUUCAUUUAUCGACUUAAAUUAGCUAGCUAUGUUGUGUGAAUUGGCUUGAUAAAUUAGCUAGCUACUACAGGUUUGUCAUUUUGCUAGUUGAAUUAGAUAGCUAGUUAAUUUUUUAUGCUAAUAUGCCUUAGCAUUUAUUCUAAAAGAGAAAGUAUUAUAAAAAAAAUAAAAAUUUUAAAAAGUUAACCAGCCAGGCAAAUUCUAGGUUUGUCUGAGUUAGCAGAAUAUUUUCUAUAUAACUGAUUGCUUAGACCAGUGAUUCUCAACCACUGUGCCACGGCACACUAGUGUGCUGUGAGAGAUCGUCAUGUGUGCCGUGAGAAAUUAUCCAAUUUCACUUAAUAAUACACCAUUGUCGAGUGUCUGUGCUGUAAUAUAGUGACUGGCAGAGUAAUGUAAUAUUCGUCCGCAUGGCAGCAGGUAGCUAAUUGCCUCGUUCCUUCUUAGAGACAAGAGAAUUAGUGGCGCAUGCGACGGGUCGUGGUGACAGUGAUGGAGAAGUUUUUAAAAAGGAAAAAUGCAAAUUGAACUGGGCCCUGGACAAGAUUCUGACCCAGGUGAAGGCCCUAGUGUGAGUGGUGGUAAAAAGAAGCUCGAGGCAAUAUAGCAAAAGCUAUCUUUCGUUCGGGUUUACUUUCACCGGGGAUGAGAUGACACCGACUCCAUUAUGCUUGGUGUGUUGCGAGAAACUGUCCAACAGCACCAUGGUGCCAAGCAAGCUUAAACACCAUCUCCAAACGAAACACCCGUCGCUUCAAAACAAGCCGAUGGACUAUUUUGUUCGCCCACGUGAAAACACAGAGAAACAGGCAACUUUUAUGAGAAAAACCACAAAGGUAAAUGAGAAAGCCCUCAAAACUGGUUACCUAGUUGCUGAACUCGUAGCUAAAUCAAAAAAGUCCCACAUUGUGGCAGAGACGUUAAUACUACCUGCCUGCAAAGCCAUUGUCAACGAGAUGCUCAGCCUGACGCGGUUAAAGACAUAUCUAAAGUCCCGCUCUCAGAUAACACAAUUGCCAGACGUAUUGAUGACCUGUCCACAGACAUUGAAAGCCAUGUUUUGGAAAAGAUACGCAUCAGUAGGAAAUUUGCAUUGCAACUUGAUGAGUCUACGGAUAUUAGUGGACAUUCUCAGCUCUUGGUCACUGUGCAUUUUGUGGAUGGAGAUGCCAUUAGAUAGAUAGAUAGAUAGAUUGGGAUAAAUUCUUUAAUAUCUGUAUACCGUGUUGAUAUUUCUGUAAAGCUGCUUUGAGACAAUGUCUAUUGUAAAAAGCGCUAUACAAAUAAAAUUGAAUUGAAUUGAAUUGAAUUGAAUUAGAGAAAACUUACUAUUUUGCAAGGCACUGCCAGAAAAAACAACAGGAGAAGAAAUUUUUCGGGUCACAUCGGAAUAUCUUGACCAGGGAGGACUUACACGGGAAAAUUGCACAAGUGCUCCAAUUUUCCACAACAUAUCUGUGUGAGCUGAGCUUUUCAAGCCUAACUGCUAUAAAAACUAAAAACAGAGAGAGACUAGGAGCUGUUGAAGAAGAGCUUUGUGUGUGUGUCUUUCUUCAAUUCCUGCCAGGAUAUCAGCUUUUUGUUCAUCUAAACAGGCCCAGGUUUCACACUGAGUGAGUAUAAAUAAAUUGAGAAACUAUAUUGUAAUUAUAUAUACCGUAUUAGGCUACAGAGUGUCAUUUUGUAACAUUUUUGGUGGGUGGUGUGCUGCAAGAUUUUUCCAAUGUAAGAAAUGUGCCGUGGCUCGAAAAAUGUUGAAAACCACUGGCUUAGAGAACUUGUGAGUCAGGUGAUGAACUUGUGGUCUGCUAUUUUCAUCAGUUAACAAUAUGAUCAGCAGCAACAGUGACUGAAUGUGAAUGGCCACCAAUUAGCAUUAUGUACAUAGCAUCAUGAUAAUUAGUCACUACCAGCCAAGAUCAGGAUAACAAACAUCUGUCUUCUGUACCUGCAGGUUCUGUCCAGCAGAGAGAGAUAUUCUCUCUCUCUCUCACACUCUCUCUCUCACUUCUAUAUACUCUGUCAGAUAUUCUCUCAUUGCUUUGUACAGCUUUACAUUGUAUAGGAAAUUAGAUAUUUAUAAGUAUACAUAAAGUAUAUUAUUUGUAGUACUGUUGUUUUGUUGGUGUUUUGUAAUGGUUGUUGAUGUUUUUCUUACUGUU